GUCCAGCUCCUGAAGAAGCAGCUCGCUCCCUCCGUUACUUUAACAUCUCACCAGUGGCCGGGCAGCUCAUGUAGUGAACAUGUAGAGAUGGAUUUUAUGAAGCUGUUUGCCACCGUCGUCCUCGUUUUGUUCCAGCCUGGGUCCGCUUCUAAAAUAAAUGGCCAAAUGAUCUGUCGGCGUGGGACAGAGCGGCCGUGCUACAAGGUGUCCAACAUCCAGGACAGCAGACGGAGAGUGACCUUCGAAGAUGCCAGGCAGACCUGCAGGUCGGACGGGGGCGAGUUGCUCAGCAUUGAAACAGAGAGCGAGCAGCGACUGGUAGAGAGGUUCAUACAACAGAUGCAGGCCGGAGAUGGAGACUUCUGGAUUGUUCUCCGCCAAAGCCCCCAGCGCUACAGGGCAGGGGCCACAAUCCCAGGUUGCCCCUCACAGUACUAUUGGCUGGAUGGAAGCAAGGCCAAGUUCAGGAACUGGCACUGGGAUGAGCCAUCGUGUCGUGGUGAAAUGUGCGUGAUUCUGUACGAUCAGUCGCCUGCUCCGCCUGACGGAGAUGGUCGUUUCCUGUUCCAGUGGAGUGACGUCAACUGCUACUCUAAGAACAGCGUUGUCUGCAAAUACCCAGAAGAAAAAGCCCCAGUAUUUACUGAUGAACGGAACAUGACACAUGCAGUUCCAUCCCUGAGGCCAAAACUAUUCUCAACUACUGAAAGUGACGACAAGACAAAAAUAGUUCUACCUGAGUCUUCAGUGUCUCUCUCAGACAACACCCUGUAUGCUUCCUACAUCCUUUAUGCAACUGUUCCUGCUGUCCUGCUGCUGCUGUCUGCGGCUGCUGGCUUCUUCUGUUACAGAAAGCAUGCGAAAAGGAGGAAGACAGAAACAGAGAACUGCCCCAGCAUCUCACAACCAUGGAAGUCAACCACAGCUUCACUUUGUCCCAUUCAAGGACCUUACGCCUUCAGUGACAUCACCAAACUGCCUCACACCGCCCUCGACGCCAGCACCACCGCAGACAUCUUGACAAAGUUAUCGUGCGGCCCCUCCCCGGACUCCCAGUGUGACGAUUAUGAGAAUGUGUCCUGCACGUACAAGGCGAGCGGCUUUGUGACCAACGACAUCUACGAGACCUGCAAAGCUCAGAGUCGGCGCAGCCGCGGUCAGACUGGUUGGGUGGAAAACGAGAUCUACGGAUAAUGCUGUCGAUGCCUAUCUGUUCUCUCCCAAGUGUCCGUCAUACUUCACUGCAGCUACAGAAAAUGAACCAGCCAGAGACAAGAACACUAUGUUCUCCAUCCCUGUUUCCUCCUGUGCACCAUACUGGCUGCUUGUGUGGUGUAGGGUUACUAAACAGGUGGCUGUGUCAGCCUGGUUAUUUGAGGAUAGAUCUGUUUCCUGUGUGUGUCUGCAGCGCUGCCUCCUCAGCAUCCAGCAUUCAAGUCUCAUUACUCACUAUUGCAGGGUUUCCCAAAGUUUGGUCAACUGUGACUCUGCCGUAUAUUUAGACCCAGAACUUCCAGAGAGUUCUCUAGCUCAGAUUGUCAAACAAAUUGUGAAUUUGACCAUGUAAAAAUAAUACGAUAUGUUUAAAAGUUGAAUUACAACAUUUUAUUAUGUAAGAAGACAAGCCUGUGGUAAUUGUAGCAGCUUUGUGAUGGUGAAUCUAUGCACAGCUGUGUUUUGAGCUAACAACCUGCAGAUAUUUAACUGUUCUAAUGUUUACCAAGUUCCCAUCUUAGCUUGGUGUGUUGUCAUGCUAACAUUUGCUAAUUAACACCGGAACCUAAGUAUAGUUGAGGCCAAUGGGAAUGUUAUCAGUCUAGAAAGUAUAUUUAGUUAUUAACCAAAGCAGAGGGAAACUAUAUAUGUAAAUAUAUGUAAGCAUCAGAAUCAGGUCAGGUUUGGACACACACAAAAAAGGAUCCCUGUUGAGUUCAGGUUGUGUUUGGUUAGUAUUCCUAUUAGCUUGGACGUUGUGUGGAUAGAAAAAGGAAACUUGAGCUGUUCUUCAUUGUGAUGGUGUAUAUGUCACUAAGAUCGAUCGUUUAGACUCUGUGAAUUUCAAAAAUGUUAUACCAAUCAGUGUAUAAUCGUUGAGAAUUUCUGGAUGGAAAUGUGGAAAAACAUGCAGCUGCUGGAAGCAACAGAGAAAAUUUCACCAAAGUCAUAGGAUUCAUCAUCUUGGGACCAUGGAAAUGCAUCUAGAUGUUGGUGAACAAUUUAAUGGUAGACCAGCCUGGUGGACAGACGGAAUGAGAUAAUUUAUUCAAACUUCAUUUUAUAUAUAGAAUUAUGAAAUAUCCAUCAAACAAAUUCAGUCAGUGGUGGAAAUCUGAUCUGAAUCAUGAAUGAGUCAGCUCGGUUCAGCGGCGCAGCAAGUGCAGCUAUAUACGGCAGGGUGGAUUACACAUCUAACCCUGGGAAUAACUGCAAGUUUUGAGCCCUCACGCAGGGUUACUCAUCUUGUAAACAAUCCCGAAUUAAACUACUCAACCGUUUUGCCAAUAACUUCAGUAGAUAUUACUGUAGGAGGCACAAGGACCGAAAGAUUGCGUCAGCUCUCCACUGAUGCACACAUCCUAUUUAGGGACUAUUCUGACCUUUUCUCUAAACCCGAAGAGCGCUGUUGUGUGUGUGUGAGCCCCAAUUUAAGGCUUCCUGUUUGGACUGUGAUGUCAGGGAACAGGACAGGGCAUGUGGAAACACUGAUGACAGAACUCUGCUGACCCCAGUAAACCUCAAGUACUUAACUCAAGUUAGAGUUUGACAUAGACACUGGUGAGGAGUGACCAGUUGAGAUCAGGUCAUGGAUUCCCUCAUUGUUGUUUGCCUGUGAAAGAACGUACCUGUGUGGUGAACAUAAAGAUACCAUGGGUUGUGUCUCAGUGUGCACUGAGUGAGCACUGAGUGGGCUGUUGGGUCGGUGUCUUGGAAAGAUGUAGUAAGCCCAGUGAGGAGAGGCUGAGUGUGUUCUUGGAGAAUGUUCGACAGGAAAUGCCAAAAGCACAUCUGGAACUCCUACAUCCAGGAAGUCUAUGCGUGACAGCAGAGGCCUCCGGGGCGCUGCUUGGCUCUGCCGGCCUAGCAAGCCACGGUUCUGUGUUAGAACGACCACUCGGAACAUGACAUGAUUGUUGGGUGAGAAAUAAAGUUUGGUUGCACAAUG